AUGUUUAUUUAUUGCACGCGUAUCAAGCUGAUCUUAGGCCUGGCUGUGCCGAUUCAACUCUCGGGGAAGAUUUUGGUUUACGGCCAUAACAUACAGUUCCAAUACGCGUUGCCAAACAACGCGACCUUCUUCACGAAGUUCUUCGAGGACUCAUCCCGACGACGUCGUAGACGCUCGACGUGGAACGAGAGGAAGCCCAUAUACGAUAUUAUCGAACGAGAACUCGACAGGAGAAAUAUCGACGGAAACAGUUGCUUGAUGAAGGAUAUUUGCGAAGCCGCCGCCACGCCGUUAAAAGACGAGGGGUUGGUCGGAGAAUUGUUGCAUCUGUUGUUCACUCCGGAUCACGGAGACGUCUCGACGAUGAACGAAGAAUAUUUGGAGGCAGCGACGAUAGGAAGAAGACACGAAAACUGCUCGACGAUUUAUUCCUCGUGUCCCCCUGGCCUAGGGGUUCUAGAUCGAAUCUCCACCGUUUAUUAA